UCGCGCCUACGCGCGGCCCGAGUGCCUUGGUUCCUCGACCCUGCGGCGGCCGAGUUGUUCCGAGCAUCUGCCUCGACGCCGUCGGAUGCAACCUCGAUCGGCGGCCGCGAAUUCGCCUGCCUCGUCCGGCCCGUUCGCUUCUUCUUAUUUUCGUCGUGACGUAAGCGAGAGGGCGGCCUUCGCCGGACUCGUGCACGCGCGUCGUCGCGAGUUCUUUCUCAGCACACCCGUGCGACCAGAUUUCGCAAGCUCUUCGCUGUUCCGCAGGCGCGGGGGAAGCAAGCUCGAACGUCGACUUUGUCGAAGCGACGCGGCACUGUGUUUCACCCUCGUGAAAAAUGAAAAGGAAAAAACAAAGAAAACAAGAAUCGAUCGUCGCGAAAAGCAACGUCGGCACGGACUAGAGGGUACGCGCGCGUCGAAUCGCCGACCGGUUUGUCCCCUCUCGCGUCCGAGACCGAGAGCUUACGCAACGCGCGCGUACACGCACGCGAACGGCUGCCCCUGUGUCGCCGCGCGACUCCAAAACGCUCUCCUCUAAGUCAGCGUCUAUAGCGAGUCGGGUCGAUUCAGCCGUGCGUCUUUUCGCGCCGGAUCGAUAACGAUUGUCUCGACGUUCCGCGAACCGCGACUGCGAGCCGCUGCUCGAACGACGCACGUCCUCUGGCGCGAAGCUCGUGCGCUUCGUCCGGACGGCCGCUAAUCCAACGCCCAAAUACACCUCUCCGCGAUCUGCGCACACGCAAGCUCGUCCAAAGUUGGGGUGAGGGAGGGGGGAGGGCGGCGAGGAUCGAUCGAUUCGACUUUCGCGUCGCGCGUUCCAUCGACUUCGUACUCCGGCAUUCUUAGCUUAUCGAUGAGCCGCGUGCUACUGCCCGAGCGAGCGCCCGCAGCAGAAUAGGCAUUCUCCGCGGAGGCCGCGCGGCAACGAGCAGUUCUGUUUCGCGCGACGACGUUGAACUUGCAUCGGCGUGUAACGGUAAAGGCCGGUCGUGCGCGCACGCCGCGGCGCACAACCGUUCGACGCGUGUUACCCUCGGGCGCGCGGAUCGCGAUACGUGGGCCCUCGACGAUCGUCGACGUAGCCGAGCCGCAGGGAGACGCGAGCGCGCGCUGCUCUUAUCGCGACGAGUUCUCCGACGAGCAUCGGCCGCUGGCUGUUCCAAUUGGUACAAGCCGACCGAGCUGGCGCGACACCGAGUAGUUGUGCGACAGGCGCGCGAUGCCACGCGGUCGUACCACUCGUCGCUAUAUUCGGCGACUAUUCGCGCAGGUGAUUCAGUUUCCGUCGAUGAGCAACUGUCUUUAUCUCCGAGGGGGAGAAAAGCUAAGAGACAAUGUACGCUUAUCUCGCAGGGCCGUCGGUUCUUCCGCUGCGUCGAUCGAACGGCAAACGCGCGAGCCGCUUCUUCAAAUCACCGUUGCCGCUCGUUUCCGAGAGGGAGAGAGAGAGAGAGAGAGAGAGAGAUAGAGAUAAGAACGAGAGCCUUCGAUCGCCGUCGCGCCUGGCAGUCAGCCGUAUAGCGCGCGGCUUCGUUUCGAUUUCUUGCCUCGCGCAAAAGUUUGCCAAUGUCGCGGCACCGACGAGGGUCGUCGGCUGCGUACCGCGCUGUGGGUCGGUGUCGCGCGAGCCGCCGACGGUUUUCUAUAGCGCCCGAAUAGACCGGCGAGGAGGCAGAAGUCGAUCGAGCGAGAGAACGGGAAUGCGCGAGGCCGUGGCGUGGCAUUCCAGGCGUUAACAGUUGCGUGGACGUGGUGUGCCACAUAAAGCAGGCGACCAAGUCGGACGCAGCACCUGGAUGUGUUUAGAACCGCGCGCGAGUGGCUUCCUCGAUCAACGGUAUAUUUUCGCUCGAGAGCGUCCUUGAUCACUUGGCUUUUCGGAACGGGUCGUCCGUGGCUCCGUUGUUGUUUGUUACGCUCGAUGGAAAAUACGCCGGAGCGUUGACCGAAGGUCGUGUACUUCCAACGAAAACAGUGCGCAUAGGUGCCAAGGUCGCUGCUUUUAUUUGCCUUUUUGCCCGUUUGCUUUUUAUUAUUUCAUUGGUUUCAUUGGGCGCACGCGUGCUCUCGGCACGAAUGACUUUUACAAAAGUCACACUCCCAAUUAGUCAGCUUGCGUACGCGUGCAAAGCUGUAGCGGUUCUGCGCGCGACAAGUGUGUACGUGGCUGUCGCACGACUGCUGGUCGGCGGAGCGCUAUUGAUUCUCCAUUUUCGUCAGCUGGAAAGACGUCGGGCGUGCCGCCGGCGCGGCCUCGUCGCGCUCCUCGCGAGGCAGCCGAGCAGUUCGGCACGAGCGCGCGGCGAACUUCCGGCGCGCCGCCGGCUCCGCCUUCCUACUGCGCACGUGCGCGCGUUUGGAAUAUCGCUGCGUGUGCGCUUCGUCGUGGCCGACGCUCGCGAACAAAAGCGUGCCGGGUUUCUCGUCUCGACGAAGACGAUAUGCCCCCGCCGCUGGCACUCUUCCUCGGCCGAGCGAGGGGGCUGCGUCGGGACAGUCCGUCUCCGUCGAACGGACUCGCGUCUAAUUUUACGAAGCUCGCCAUCGAUGUCAGGGCGAAGCGGACGGCAGCGCGAGCUAUCGAGCGCGCGGCCGCGUCGAGCGCUAGGCGAGCGCUUUCGCUUUCAAGGAGUCCAAUAAUCUCGCAUAUUUAUAUCGAUUGGGCGCGGCGCUCAGCAGGCAGCGACGACGCGCUUUUAGAUUCGCGUGAUAGACAAGGCCGCGGCGGAACGAAACGACGCGCGAGCGGAGCGCCGAGAACUGGAGGAAGCGCGCUUUCCCGCGGCGAAGCUCGUCGCCGGCUCGAAAAGCUCGCCGCGCGUUUGUUGCACGGUGGACUAUAAUUUGCCGGUGAGUGUAUACGCGCCGCUAUUUAUAGCCAUGCGGACUCGCGAGAGCAGCUUGCCAGCGAGCAUUGAACUCGAUUUCAGCGUCUCGCGCGAGUAGCCGGCGUAGUCGACGAUUAAUCGCGGCGAGAUCGACACCCGGCGAUGUUCAAAAAAUUUGGCCGAUGAUGUUAAGCUCGACGAGCAUCGGCUAUACGUAACGGCUUGGCGGGAUGUCACCGAUAUGUUCUCGACGGCGCACUACCGGACGACUCUCUUUCCUCGUGAGCGCGUGGUAAGGACGAAUCGCGUCGCCGUGAGUUAUGGAUGGCCAACUUGAAAAAUAGAGCUUACGGCUUCGUUGCGUAAAGCGCUACGGGCGGCUCUACGCCUUGGUUUUUCGUUGUGUUGCAAGUUCGGUCGAAUCGAUUGUUUGCCGAGUGACCACCCAAUCUCGUAUCGAUCAACGGAGCUUUCCCGAGACGCGCGGAGUCGCGGUCGACCGUAAAAGAAGAAAAAACCACGUCGCAUUGUCUGGAACAUGUCAAUUCCCAAACAAACUUGGCCGGAGAAGAGAAAAAAAGGAAACUCCCACGCCCGAAAGUUAUUCGACCUUCUUAUGCGACAAAGGAAAAGAAAGAGUGAGAGAGAGAGAGAGAGAGAAGCAGCGACGUGCGCGCGAAGGCCGCAGAGGUAGGAGACUUCCCAGUGCUCUCCACGCCCACGCCCACGCAUCGCAAAUACGAUUGCGUAACGGCGACGUAUUACAGCCAAGUGGGUCGAGACGCUGUCGUGAAGCUUCGAUCUGGUCGGAUACUCGCGCGAAGAGAACUGGCGCUAUCUUAUCUUUUGGGCCGCUAGGACCGGAUUAGCGACAGGUUCGUCCCGAGGGCCUGGGCACGCUGGUCCCGCGAGCGCUUCCUCCUGGCGACGAGCCUCGCGUCAACUAUGCUAAUCGCGUUAGCGCGUCCGCCGAAGGCUCGCUUUCUCUCGCGAAAAGAAGCGCGUCGUCGGAGUGCAGGCGCGCGAGGCGAGCGCGCCUCGAAAUAUCGACAUACAUGGUCGCGCUGCGCUCCUGCGCGCGCGUACCGUUAUGUAUGGCUGGCGCCGCGGACAUGCGAAUCUCAGGCGCGGGGCCACGCCGCCGUUUCUGCGCGAUUGUCGCCUGAACGCCCGCCGCCUGCGUGACGGAAGGCGAACCGCGGCGGAGUGCGGUGCCUCGUUAACGCUCGACUCGAUCGAGCGACAUUCGCGUCGCGACGGCUUGCCCCUUCCCCCCGCCCGCCGGUCGUCUCAGGAGGGACGCUGCUGUCUCGUCGUCGAUUCAUCAUUGUUUGCGCUUGCUCGACAGACAGACGGCCCGUUGCGUGGCGCGAUUUUCGCGAGAAAACACGGCCUCGGCCGAGUCUCAAAGCCAGCAAAAGAGACUCGCAGUCGCGCUUCGUCGUCGCGGAGCCGCAUGUAGGUCAUUGGCUCUUUUACCAGAGUCCCUCGGCUCUCGCAAAGAAAGUCGCUCGGCGAGUCUCUCGCGCACAACGCCGAGUGGCUUUAUUUGAUCGUCGUCGUUUCUCUGACCCGACCCCUCGUCACUUACCUUUGGAAUCUCAUUAUCACGGACGACGAGUUGCGUUAACGCUUACCGCGAUCGCUCUAUUCUUAGAGCGCAAAGCUAGUCGAUCGUGGUCCCGGGAUGAUCGUUCUCAAACGACUCGUUUCGCUUCGAACGCGGCAAUGAAAAAUUCACGAUGAUCGGGCUCCGAGUCGACAGACAGCGAUCUAUUCUCGUAGAGUUUGUCGCGACAAUUGUACCAAAUGCAAAUGCCGAUCGUUUCGCUUUAUUGUUUUUUUUUUUUUUUUUGCGUCUUACCGGCACUUACAUAUUUAACUCGUCUGACAUUCGCAUGCCACGGCUUCGCUAAAAAAUCGUAAUAACGAAUGAUUUAUUCACAGAUAUAUCUUUCCUAUUGAAACUUGAAAAGUCACACGUUCUUUUUGAACUGCGUGUCUUUAAAAGAACUUUAUGCGUUAAUUUCACCUUGGAAGAUGUCCUAAAUGCUGUACUAGAUUGUUUUAGCAAGCAGUUAUUUUAAUGGACUGCUUGGUUUGCGCGCGCUCGGAACAAAAAAAAAGUGAUCUAAUUGUCGUGUCGUCGAGCGAAUUCCACCCGUUAAAUAAUGCGGCAGCAUGAAAAUGCCGAUAGUUCUCACGUAAUGAGAAAGUCCCGGCGAUCGUUACGAAGCAUAAUGACGCAUAAGCGCUCGAGCUUUUACUCAGGCGUAAUGUUCGCUCCGCGAAAAUCCCGAGUACGAGUAUUUCCCUGGCGGCGAGCUUCUCUCGUAACGAGCGAGCGUGCGAGUGGCUCGACGCAGAGAGACCGUUGCAGCAGCAGCAGCAGCUCGCCGAGUGAAAGUGAAAACGCUCGUGCCGCGCGAGACGUGUGCGCUCUCGCGGCGCGGCGCAGGAAUCCCGCUUCUAAUUGUCGCGCGCGCGCGUUUGCCAGUGAGCGAGGAGCGGCGGAAGCCACGCGGGCGCGCGCCGCAAGGAGGAAGCGAGGGUUUCCGCGGCGGAGCGCGCCGGGGAAUGCAAAUCGAGCGGCGUGCCUUGGUAACGCGCCCGAGGAAGCGUUGGAUCGAUGGCCGCGCGACAGUCAUGACGCGCGAGCGGCCACGCUUCGGUCGCUCUCCGCUGGCCGUCGAGUCCGACGACAUCGUCGCCGUCAAGUUGGCCGCCGACGCGCAACGACGCCUCGGCUGCGUGGUCAACGAGCACGUGUUCCUCGAGUGUCCUUACGCCUUUGUGCCGCGCGACGAGCUUCUGGACGUCGCCCGAGGGUCGGGCUCGCCGUUGAACGCUAUCGCGGAUCGGAUCAAAGCGAGGAGUGCGCCUGAACUGCUGGUGGGAUACGCUUCCGACGAGAUCGAGCCCAGGGAAUCUGGUGAUUUCGUGAUCUGCUUGACGGAAGAAAGUACGCGAGCUUUGGUCUCUCACAAUCGCACGAUCACCAAGAGCAUUCUGAAGCUCGUGCAAGAAGCGAUUCGAAAAUCUCCGAGACCAUGGACGGAUUUGGGAUCGACGGUCCAAUGCGAGGACAACUUUUUGAAUACUAGUCGAUCGUUGUUUAAAAUCGACCUGCAUCUGCCGAUAUCUGAACUAUGUCGACCGAGAUCUUUAACGGAUUGUGGCCCAGAUGAUACCAGAGAUGGUUGCGUCGAAUUGACACCGUUGUACGAGACGUUUGAUAAUGUUGAGUUUACGACCAUAUCGCAAGCUUGUCAGACAAAUCUUGGAAACGCAGAUGCAGAAGCGCAGACUUAUCCUGGAAAUCCGAAGCAUCAGUGGACGCAGUAUGAACUCGAGAUACCAAACGAGUUUACGGCGAUUUGGAAGGGUAGAGACGAGAAACGACAGGAGGAAGACAAAGAAAAGAAAGAUCGAGAAAGUUCAUCCGAGAACAAAGACGAAGAAGACACCGAGGUUGAAAAGACCGAAGAAGAGAUAGCACGCGAAGAGAAGCGCCGCCAUGAAUGGGAAAAGCUGAGCGAAUUCUUGAAAACUCACGUAGAUAGGAUGAUCGAUACAAUCUCGUUUAACGCUUCAACAAAUCUCUACAGAAACGACGUUGCCAACUUGGCUAGCAAAAAUUGGCUACCGAUGUUCGUCGAUCCCUGCAGCAACUACGAGAAUCGAGCGACUUUGAUCGAUUUGAAGGCAAUAGGCAAUAGAUAUCUCUUCUCGAUGUCUUGGCAUUGCGAAUUGGACGAUAUUUUGGCGUGCGUUUACUUGGAUCAACGCGCCACAAGAGAGUCGUUGAUCGCUGUUUGGUCACUUGAAACUCCACUUCAGCCGAAAAUGGUUUUAAAGUGCGAGGAGAAAGUUUCUAUCAUCGCGUUUUGUCCGUCGGCUGAUUAUACGAAUGUGAUUGUCGGAGGAUGUUUAGAUGGAACGAUCGUCUUGUGGGAUAUUAAUCGGCAAAUAUUGACGUCCAAUAUACAUCUCCAAGAAUUGCCAAUCGAAGAAGCAAAAAUCACCGGUUCGUCCAGAAAAUCUCAAAAGCUUACGAUAACCAGCAUCCAGUGGUUACCAUUCUGGUGUCGAAUCGCGUCCGACGGUAACUUCCAAAAAAUCUCAGUCGACUCUCCAAGAGAUAAAAGAAGUUGCUUCGCUACAUCCUCAACGGAUGGUACGAUAUUUUUUUGGAGCUUGCCGAAAUCCUUGUCAACUCUAGCAACAGCUCGCAGUCCUCUAGACAUGAACAUCUCGCCAAUCUACCAGUUGAUUCUCGAGAAACUUGACGAUAAAGUACCAACCCGUGUAUCCAUUACUAGUUUUCUUCUCCCUCUAGCAAAAAACGAAGAGUCCUCAAGUUUGAGUAUUCGCGAUCAAACGGAUCUCGAACGUCUUCGUAAAGUCUUCGUGGGCACCUUUACAGGUGAAAUCCUUUAUUGUGGCUGGGAAAGUCAAACUUUCGCUGUUGACUCGAGCAACAAGGAAGUCUGCAAAAUAAUCCAGAGAUGUAACGUUCAUGAUGGCAUUGUGAGGUGUAUGGUCAAGGCAUCUCAUCUCGACGACGUGUUUCUUACCGUGGGAGGUAGAGUAUUCGCGAUAUGGAAGGAGGACUUUCCACAAGCACCGAUAUUUCACAGCAGAUCAAAGGAUGAGAGAUACGGUGAAGGGUGCUGGAGUGGAAGAUCAGGGAUGUUUAUACUUACGAGACUGGAUGGUAGGUUUGAGGUUUGGGAUUUGAAGAGGAAGGCUGAUCAACCUAUUCGGCUACAGACUGUGUCGGAAAAGGUGACACCGUAUAUCUGUUCGAGUCCAUUGUGUUAUCGACAGAAACUCUUAUCAGUACUGGAUGGUGUUUCGACUGUUAGAGUCUUCGUAGAACCAGACGAAUGUGUAAUUGAUGAAGAUUUGGAACGAGUAGAGUGGUUCGAGGAAUUCGCUUGGAGAGAAACCAAACGCAAGCUCGACUUUCAUCGAUGGCAGGAUGAGUAUCUGUCGAAAAAUCCCGUUGCCUUGCGCCGUAAACAAGAGCGCGAGCAGGUCGAGAUUAACAAACGACAUCAGGAAGCGAGAGAACGAUUUUUGAAGGAGCAAGAAGCACAAGCUCGCGCGGAAGAGGAAAGCAAAUUAGCUAAACGCCGAGUUUCAAAAACGGUAAUUUUGCGCAGAAACGAGCGCUCGCGUGCAGAAGCCAUCCUCCUGCAGAAGAAAGGCUUCGUCCCAGCUGAACUCGAGGAGAAGCGAAAACCCUUGGUCGAUCUCGAAGAUUUACGUCGAGUUCAGGCGCAGAAGAUCAGCGAAGAUCUGAACCGAGCUGACGAGCUGUUAAAGAAAAGUUUAGCUAGAAAAAUACCGGAGAUGAAGAUCGUCGAAGAUGAAAAUGAAGCCGAAAGCGUGGCAAGAUUCGUACCGAAAAGUAAACAAGAUUACGAGCAAGAGUUCAAGGCAGUAAAAGAGGAAUUGACCAAGAAAAUUAAGGAGCAAUCUUACUUUCCGAGCUUCGAUUGGAAGACAGCAAUGCGUACCGGUGCCGAAAGAAUGCAAAAUGCUAAAAGAAGAGAAUUGCAGGAUCGAUAUUUGCAAAAAUACGCGAAAAUUCAAUGAAAUUAAACAGUUGUGUUUUACUGCUCACCUGCCAUUCUACAAAUACCUUAAAAAAUAAAUAAAAGGCGACGUCGAAAGCAUAUAGCAAUUGAAAAUCCUCGCAAAUCUUAAUCGUCCACGUGCGCCUAACAAUUUAAUCUCCGUCUAUUUUCUCGCAGACUCUCGACUAAACCUCGAAGCAUGCUUUUUAUCUCGGCGGAGUAUUAUUCGCAUCGUAUUGUCCCGGAAUAGCCAUAAGAUAGUGCACAUAUUCAAGUUGGCUUUUCUUGACAAUGCAUCGCUCGCGAUAAAGAAAAAAGAAUCACAAUGGCGAGAGGGUUUAUUUAAAACGUUGCCGAUAAGUGUAAUUUGUCAUUUUUAAUUUGUACUUUUUAAUUUGUUAUUAUUUUAAACUUUAUAAGAUGAAUAUGCGAAAUAAAUCGUAAAAAAAUCUGUUGUCAUAUAUAUUAGAUUAUUAUUUACCGAAACGUGUGUGAAUUGUAAAAGCUCAACAGUGUCUGGCGUAAAGUCUCGAAAAUAAUACAUUCUUCGUAAAAUUUGAAUCUAAA